AUGGCUGCAGAAAAUCACUUUACAGUGACAGAGUUCAUUCUUGGAGGUUUAACAAAUCAGCCAGAGCUCCAGCUCCUCCUCUUCCUCCUCUUCCUUGGGAUCUACUUGGUUACCAUGAUAGGGAAGUUGGGCAUGAUAACACUGAUUUGCCUGAAUGCUCAGCUUCACAUCCCCAUGUAUUACUUCCUUAGCAACCUGUCACUCGUGGAUCUCUGCUACUCCUCUGUCACUACCCCUAAGAUGCUGGUGAACUUUGUGUCAGAAAAGAACGUCAUCUCCUAUGCAGGGUGGAUGUCCCAGCUCUACUUCUUCCUGGUGUUUGUCGUUGCUGAGUGUUACAUGCUCACAGUCAUGGCCUAUGACUGCUAUGUCGCCAUCUGCAGCCCUUUGCUUUACAACAUCAUCAUACAUCAAGUCUGCUCCCUGCUGGUGGCUGGGGUCUCUGUCAUGGGGCUCAUUGGCUCAACCAUAGAGACUGGCCUCAUGUUGAAACUGUCCUAUUGUGAGAUCCUCAUCAGUUAUUACUUCUGUGAUGUUUUCUCGCUCAUGAAGCUCUCCUGCUCUAGCACCUGUGAUAUUGAGAUUACAACUUUCUUUUUGUCUGGAUUUAACAUCAUACCCACCAGCUUAACAGUCUUUGUUUCCUGCUUCAUCCUCUCCAGCAUCCUCCACGUCCCCUCCACAGAAGGAAGGUCCAAAGCCUUCAGCACGUGCAGCUCCCAUCUUGCAGCUGUGGGAUUAUUUUAUGGGUGUACUUCGUUCAUGUACUUAAAACCCUCCCCAGCCGGUUCCCUGGCCCAGGAGAAUGUGGUCUCCCUGUUCUGUACCACAGUGAUCCCCAUGCUGAACGCCCUAAUCUACAGCUUGAGGAAUAAGGAGGUAAAGGCUGCCAUGCAGAAAACGUAA